AGAGAAUAUGGGCUCAUUUGGUUCCGGGCCGGGCCGGACGAGUGGGUGGAGCGUGUUCGACGGCGUGAAGGCCUUCCCGGCGGCGCCGGAAACCCUAAUGGCCGAGAUCGACGCCGCCGUCGCCGCCUCCGAGUACGCCCGGGCCACCGCCCUCCUCUCCCCUCUCUGUGACGCUGACGGUGAUGAUCCAGUGGAGCACGAUUUGAAAGUCGCCGAUGAGGCCUACAAGGCGGCGCGGGCGGCGUUGGCCGCCGGAAGGCCGGACACUGCUCUGAUAUCUCUUCAGGUCGCGCUUGCUGCCUGCCCGCCUGAGAAGACGUCGGCGAUCUCCAAACUUCGGGCUCUUGUUUCCAUUGCUUCAUCUCAGCAACAGAAGGCGCAGAUCGUCCGAAAAAAUAAGCAGCUUGCUGUGAAUAUCUGCUGAGAAAACACGGAGAAUUCUCUUCUGGACAUGAUCAAGUGUGUAUUAUUUUCUAUUCAACAUUGAGCUUCGACGUGAGCUUCGCCGUGUAUAUAGUGGAGACACCCAGUUAGUUUUCAGUUAUCUCAUCACUUCCAAACUUCUUUAUCUCUGCUGUAAAUAAAAUUCAUCUGUACUUGAUGCAGACUUUUUACUGCUUCAUUCAAUCCUUCCACCAAAUGAAAUGUUUGAAUAAUAGACUGGAAUUUUUACUUUGUUUC